AUGGUGGGACGGGGGCUGGCGACUGCCAUGGCGCUGGCGUGCCUGUUGGGGGUCGGCAUGGCAGUUCCCACGAAGAUUCAAGAGACAGGAAGACAAGCAGCAAGAGACUUCAAUGCCUACUUUGCAAGGGAGGAUGUCCGAACUGACGUUCGAGAGCUUGACGACUUUGCAAGGAAGCAUGCUGACCAGAUGGCCAGAGACGAGCUUCCCUGUGAUACCGACCCAUCCUUCAGGGUUCAGUGCGCAUCUGUCAGCCGACAUGCUCGCAUGCAUAGCAGAAAGUUCAAGGUAGCCGAUGAGAAGUCGUCCAACAAGCUCUUCGAUGAGGCCUACAGGCCCCAAGACUCGAGGCAUUUCGAUGCGAGCAAGUCCUCUACCUUCGUUGCCCAAACCUCACAGACUUUCGACCUCAACUAUGCGGAUGGAUCGCACCUCAGGGGAUUUUCUGGAGUGGAUCAAGUGUACAUGGGCGACUACAAGGCUACUUCUCCCUUCGGUGUCAUCACCGAUUGCAACAGCCCUGACUUCAAUGGUGUCGACGGUAUCCUCGGCUUCGGUCUCCCCAAGGCUGGCAGUGACCUCCCGACCCCUGUGUUGUUUGCCAUGACCGACGCUGAGAACAAGGACACUAACGCUGCGAACCUCAAGCGCAAGUUUUCCUUCUUCUCCACCGAUGAUGCUGCUGAGGUUCAGCUUGGAGGAUACGAUCCCGCAACCACCUCAGGUACCAUGUGGUACACACCGGCGUUGGCCUCCGACGACUUCAUCGUUGGCGUCACCUCCUUGAAGUUUGGUGACAACUACGGAUCAGCGGUCGAGCUUCUGCAGUUCAGGUCCAAGGCUCAGCGCAACUACGGAGCUCCUUCUAUCAUGGAUUCUGGCACCUCCUGCUUGGUCAUCCCUGCGGACUCCAUGCAAGGCCAGCUGGCGAACGUUCCUUGGGAUGAUUUCGCCAAGCACUGGAAGAAGGGAAGAUCCUUCUGGUUGGAGAUCGGGCAGAAGACCUGGGAAGUCCCCUUCUCUUCAUGGUACCUGGCCGAGACCGAUCAGACUUGCGUACAGCCGUCGCCUGAGGGCAUGCAAGGCUUGCUCGUCGGAGAUGUCUUCUUCCGGGAAUACAUCGUCGAGUUCGAUAUGACAGGUCACAAGCCCAUCAUCGGCAUUGCUCCGCUCAACAAGCGUUACGUUCCUGUCACAAGAAACGUGCUGGCUAACUUCGAGCUCAACAGCGCUCCAGUAGCGAAGCUUAGGGCUCUCCGUGGCAACGAGGUCAUGUACCCAGCCCAGCACCAGGAGAUUCUCACGCAGGUCGAUCGCAUCCCCAUCGUGAACCAGAAGGGAACCCAGUACUUCAUGGACGUCGGCAUCGGAACUCCUCGACAGACUUUCACCGUCAUCUUCGACACUGGCUCCACUGUUUUUGGUGUCUUUGCUAACAAGCACGACCUUCCGGCACACAUCAAGAACCAGCUGCCGGGCUACUACUUCUCCGAGAACCUUCACUCCCUCGCCCAGACUUCAGUGAGGGUGCGUGAGGUUCCCUUCUUCCAGCGCAUCGCUGGUUCGUCUACCUCCGCUGUCGCCAUCCUCGUGGUUCUCAAUGUGGCCAUGAUCGCCCUGAUCGUCGCGGCAAGGAGGAAGAGAGCGGGGAAGCGCCAGGAGCUCCCUGUGAGGCUCUACGGUGCCAUUUAA